AGGGGGGGGGAACCCUAAAUUUGCCUUUAGAUAUGGAGCCAAGCCCACCCUUUAUCACCAAGAAGCUAUCUAACAUGAUACGUAAAGGCUUCUCAAAGGGCAAGCUCGUGCUUGACGAACUUCAUUUCUUAAUGAAACGCGGGAAGGUCGUGGGAAAAGAAGCUUUAAACGAAGCUUCGUUGAGUUGCCGGUCGAGAGACGUGCACCUUUCGUUCGUGUCGCCGAUGGAGUACGAGUUCAGUUGCCGGACUAGUCCGUCGCAUCAACCCUACGUCCCCUUGCAUCGUCGAAAGCAAAAAUCGGGGCGUUACCGGUACUAUGCCGCACGGUCUCGAACACUGGACGGUGUCGGUUUCGGAGGGUGUAGAGAUGCGGGCGACUACGAGUCGCCGUUGCCGAAGGCGUUAGCGAUACCGAAGGGAAGGAGAGGCAAGAAGAUUAGUAGGGAGUCGCCAUUGGUGGUGUUAAAGGAUGAUGAUGAUGAGUACCGUGUAGACGAAGCGGCUGAGGAGUUUAUUCAAAGUUUUUACACGCAAUUAAGGUUGCAAAAAUGGUUGGCUGUCAUGGAUGCAGCAGAUUACUAUGGCUAAAAAUUUUCUGUACUUCGUUUGAAAGUUUAUAUGUUGAGGUUUGAUCUUUAGGGGGAAGAAGAAGCAUCAAAUAUGUAAGAUAUAUAUAUAUAUAUAUAACAUUUCAGU